GGGGGAGGGGGUUCCGGCCUGUCGGUCCAGCGGCGGCAGCACCAGCUCCGGCCGCCGCCGCGUCCGCCGCGUUCCGAGCCACCGCGGGCCAUCAGGAGCAGCGGAAGCGGAGGCGGGCCUUGCGGGCGGGGGAUGUCCGAGGCGCGCUCCCCGGUGGAUGCUGAGGAGAGCCGCCGUCGCCGCCUGGAGGACGUGGUGCCGUGAGGCCGGGCCGCCUUCGCCGCCGCCGCCCGGCGCCCCGAGAAGCGGGAGCCGGAGGCCGGGGCCCGCCGGACCCCGAGCCAGCCAGAGCCGCGCCGCCGCCGCCGCCGCCGCCGCUGCUCCGGGCCCCUGCGCCAGUCCCGCCGCCGGUCUUACUAUGCCGGGCAGGAACAAGGCCAAGUACACCUGCAGCUGCCCGGACCUGCAGCCCGGCGCACAGGAGGCAGGCGAGAGCGGCCGGGCUGCCCGCCUGGCAGCAGACGAGUCCGAGGAGGAGGGGGGAGGCCGCCGGGGAGGUCCGCUCAGCAACGUUGGGGACCCUGCCAUCGUCAAGUCUCCCAGCGACCCCAAGCAGUACCGGUACAUCAAAUUACGGAACGGCUUGCAGGCACUUUUGAUUUCAGACCUAAGCAAUACAGAAAACAAAUCUGGGGGGGCGACAGAUGAGGAGGAAGAGGAGGAAGACAACGAUGAUGAUGAUGACGAAGAUUCAGGAGCUGAAAUAGAAGAUGAUGAUGAAGAAGGGCUUGACGAUGAAGAUGACUUUGAUGAUGAAGAUGAACACGAUGACGAUGAUCUUGACACUGAAGAUAAUGAAUUGGAAGAAUUAGAUGAAAGGGCAGAAGGAAAGAAGAAAACUACAGAAAAGCAGUCCGCCUUCUUUCCUUUUCUGUGUGUUUCUGCUUCUUUCCAUAGGUUGGCACCUGUUCAGAAAUUGCCAGUAAGCCGAGAGGAGGAGCAGCAGGGUGAAACUGACACAAUUCUGUCCGCGGCUGCGCUUUGUGUUGGAGUUGGAAGUUUUGCUGAUCCGGAUGACCUCCCUGGGCUGGCACACUUUUUGGAACACAUGGUUUUCAUGGGCAGCCUGAAGUAUCCGGACGAGAAUGGGUUUGAUGCUUUCCUGAAGAAGCAUGGGGGCAGUGACAAUGCCUCAACAGACUGUGAACGCACGGUCUUCCAGUUUGAUGUCCAGAGGAAAUACUUCAAGGAGGCUCUUGAUAGGUGGGCGCAGUUCUUCAUUCAUCCCCUGAUGAUUAGAGAUGCCAUUGACCGUGAAGUGGAAGCUGUUGAUAGUGAAUAUCAACUUGCAAGACCUUCCGAUGCAAACAGAAAGGAAAUGCUGUUUGGAAGCCUUGCCAGACCUGGGCAUCCCAUGGGGAAAUUCUUUUGGGGGAAUGCGGAGACCCUCAAACAUGAGCCAAAAAGGAACAACAUUGACACCCAUGGCAGACUCCGGGAGUUCUGGCUGCACUAUUACUCUGCGCAUUACAUGACCCUGGUGGUGCAGUCAAAAGAAACACUUGAUACCUUGGAAAAGUGGGUGACUGAAAUCUUCUCUAACAUCCCAAACAAUGGGUUGCCUAAACCAAAUUUUGGCCAUUUAACGGAUCCGUUUGACACGCCAGCAUUUAACAAACUGUACAGAGUGGUUCCUAUCAGGAAGGUGCAUGCCUUGACCAUCACGUGGGCUCUUCCUCCCCAGCAACAGCAUUACAGAGUGAAGCCGCUUCAUUACAUCUCCUGGCUAGUGGGACAUGAAGGCAGAGGCAGCAUCCUGUCCUUUCUUAGAAAGAAGUGCUGGGCUCUGGCGUUAUUUGGUGGGAAUGGUGAGACAGGAUUUGAGCAAAAUUCCACAUAUUCAGUGUUUAGUAUUUCUAUUACCUUGACUGAUGAAGGUUAUGAACACUUCAAUGAGGUUGCUCAUACUGUGUUCCAGUAUUUAAAAAUGCUUCAGCAGCUAGGACCUGAUAAAAGAAUUUUUGAAGAGAUUCAGAAAAUUGAGGAUAAUGAAUUUCAUUACCAAGAACAGACAGAUCCAGUUGAGUAUGUGGAAAACAUGUGUGAGAACAUGCAGCUGUACCCCCUGCAGGACUUCCUCACUGGUGACCAGCUACUGUUUGAAUAUAAGCCAGAGAUUAUUACCGAUGCCCUUAAUCAGCUAAUCCCACAAAAAGCCAACCUCGUCCUACUGUCUGCUGCUAAUGAGGGAAGAUGUGACCUCAGGGAGAAGUGGUUUGGGACUCACUAUAGCAUAGAAGAUAUUGAAAAAACAUGGGCUGACCUGUGGAACAGUGACUUUGAAUUAAAUCCAGAUCUGCAUCUUCCUGCUGAAAAUAAAUAUAUAGCCACGGACUUUGCGCUGAAACCUUUUGAUUGCCCUGAAACGGAAUAUCCCGUCAAGAUUGUGAACACUGCUCAAGGAUGCCUGUGGUACAAGAAAGACAACAAAUUCAAAAUCCCCAAAGCCUACAUCCGCUUCCACCUCAUCUCACCCUUGAUCCAGAGGUCUGCUUCCAACGUGGUGCUUUUUGACAUCUUCGUGAACAUCCUCACCCACAACCUGGCUGAGCCCGCCUACGAAGCAGAUGUGGCCCAACUGGAGUAUAAGCUGGUGGCCGGAGAGCACGGCUUGAUCGUUAGAGUGAAAGGGUUUAACCACAAGCUACCUCUGCUGUUUCAGCUCAUCAUUGACUACUUAGCUGACUUCGAUUCUACGCCUGCUGUCUUUGGGAUGAUAACAGAGCAGCUGAAGAAGACUUACUUCAACAUCCUGAUUAAGCCCGAGACGCUGGCCAAAGACGUGCGACUUUUGAUCUUGGAGUACUCUCGGUGGUCCAUGAUUGACAAGUACCAAGCCCUGCUUCAGGGCUUCACCAUAGAGGCCCUGCUCAACUUUGUGAAGGAGUUCAAAUCCCAGCUCUUUGUGGAGGGCUUGGUGCAAGGGAACUUCACAAGCAAAGAGUCUAUGGACUUCCUGAAGUAUGUGGUUGACAAGCUGGAUUUCAAGCCCCUGGAGAAGGAGAUUCCCGUUCAGUUCCGAGUGGUUGAGCUGCCUGGCGCCCACCACCUGUGUAAAGUGAAGGCCCUUAACAAAGGAGAUGCCAACUCAGAAGUCACUGUUUACUAUCAGUCAGGUGCCCGGAGCCUGAAGGAGUACACCCUCAUGGAGCUGCUUGUGAUGCACAUGGAAGAGCCUUGUUUUGACUUUCUUCGAACCAAGCAGACUCUUGGGUAUCACGUCUACCCAACCUGCAGGAAUACAUCAGGGAUUCUGGGCUUCUCUGUCACUGUAGGGACUCAGGCCACCAAGUUCAACUCUGAAAUUGUUGAUAAGAAAAUAGAGGAAUUUCUUUCUUCCUUUGAAGAAAGGAUGGAGAACUUGACAGAAGAUGCUUUUCAUACUCAGGUUGUAGCUCUGAUCAAGCUGAAGGAGUGUGAGGACACACACCUCGGAGAGGAGGUAGAUCGAAACUGGAAUGAGGUGGCAACUCAGCAGUAUCUCUUUGACCGCCUGGCCCACGAGAUUCAAGCUCUCAAGUCUUUCUCCAAAGCAGACCUGGUGAACUGGUUCAAGUCUCAUAGAGGAAAUGGCAGCAAAAUAGUCAGUGUGCAUGUUGUUGGCUAUGGCAAAUAUGAGACAGAAGAUGAUGGCUCUGCUACCUGUGAUUCUUCCAACUCUUCCUUUGAUGAAGUGGCUCAGCUGACCUAUUUGCCGACCUCUCCUCUGCUGGCAGAUUCCACCAUCCCCAUUACUGAUAUCAGGGCUUUCACAUCAACUCUUAACCUUCUCCCCUACCAUAAAAUAGUCAAAUAAACUGCAGUCUCUUUGGCCUGAA